CCACCCUCCCUGUACAGCUGGGCCAGUGACGCUGGCGCAGCGGCCGCGGCGCUCCAUCCUCCGAAGCUGGCCCCGGGCUCCCGUCCUGCUCCUCCCGUAGGCGUCCGACCGCACGAGCCAGCCCAGGGCCACGCCAGGCGUCGCGGGGACCCGACCGGGAGUGCAGCCGGGCGGGCGGGCGCGCGCGCGUGCAGCGGCGGAGCGGGUUCUGCGGCGCGGGGAGCUGCGAGCGCCCCCCCCUUCCCGGAGGUCUCGGCGCGGACUCCCCGGGCCUGCACAAGACAGGUGGAGCUUCUCCAGGGGAAGACCUCCCUCUCAAUCCACUUUUGUGGUUCCAUGGUUAUCUGCCUAUUGUUGGUGACUGAAAAGUUUAAGGGCCAACCCUGAGGUGAAGCUGUUCCUGGCUGGCUUUAGGAUUCUUACUUCUGGAUUUUAAAGUCUUUUUUUUUUUUUUUAAAUAAAUAAAUAAAUAAAUAAAAAACAUUGGACGGAUAAAAGAUGUGCCAUGGCAGGAUAGCACCAAAGAGCAGCUCAGCGUUUGUCGUGACCUCCGUGCGGCAUGGAGUGUUCCUUCAGCUGGUGAUCCUUAGCACUCUGUUUGGAGAUGGAUUAACCUCUGUGUGCCCUCUGCCCCCAGAGCCAGAGAAUGGUGGCUACAUUUGCCACCCCCGGCCCUGCAAAGACCCCUUGACAGCAGGCAGUGUCAUCGAGUACCUGUGUGCAGAAGGCUACAUGCUGAAGGGCGACUACAAAUACCUGACCUGCAAGGAUGGCGAGUGGAAGCCGGCCAUGGAGGUCAGCUGUCAUCUCAAUGAAGACAAAGAAACACACGCGUCACUCGGGGUCCCUGCGCUGUCCAUAGUGGCUUCCACUGCCAGCUCUGUAGCACUCAUUCUUCUCCUCGUGGUGCUGUUUGUACUGCUGCAGCCAAAGCUGAAGUCUUUCCAUCAUAGCAGGCGUGACCAGGGGGUUUCUGGGGACCAAGUCUCCAUCAUGGUGGAUGGGGUCCAGGUUGCACUCCCUUCAUACGAGGAAGCUGUAUAUGGCAGUUCUGGUCACUGCAUGCCACCGGCUGACCCCAGAGUACAGAUUGUUUUGUCGGAAGGGUCUGCACCUACUGGGAGGAACAUGCCAAGGGAGCAGCAGCUGCAGGGCCAGGGGGCCUGCUCCUCUGCAGGUGGAGAGGAUGAGGCCCCGGGCCAUUCUGGGCUGUGUGAAGCCUGGGGUUCCCAGGGCUCAGAGACUGUGAUGGUGCACCAGGCAACCACAUCUUCCUGGGUGGCCGGCUCAGGGAGCAGCCAGCUGACACACAAAGACACUGCAGACUCGGAGAACAGUGACAUACAAAGCCUUUUGUCCCUCACAUCAGAGGAGUACACAGAUGAUAUCCCCCUGUUGAAAGAAGCAUGAGGACUGCCCAUCGUCUCUCCUCUCUGCCCAUCCUCUCUCCUCUAUGGGUUUGAGUACCAUGUCCUCUCCAGUUGCCCCACCUGGAUGCCUGAGCUGCCACCUGUGUAUCUGUGUGUACCUGAGGGCCUGCAGGCCAUCCCGCUGGAUACUCAAGGAAGAUUGUCACCAUCUGCCCACUGAACAGCUGGAGGACCUGGCUCUUUGCCUGGCCCAGCCUUCCCAUCUGUCAGGGACAUGUCUGAAUGUGCUGGAUUGAACCCUCCCUUUCCCCCGAGCCACUGGGUCCCUUGCAGCCAGCUCUCUGGUGGCAGCCCCACAGUCAUGAGGGCCUGAGCACCGCUGUGUUUACUUGUGCCUUCCCCCACCCUGUCCAGGUUCCCUGUGUGCGGGUGGGUUGCUGUCCACAGGCCUUAGUGGCUGUCGCUACCUGUACACAGGGACUGGACCUGGGGCUGCAGAGACAGAUUGAACAGUCAGGCCCUCAAAGCAGGAGUGACUCUUAUUGGGGCCAGAGUGUGGGCCCCUGAACUUGCCCUGUGUGUUGACACUGAUGGCAUCUUCCUUGACUGAGGAUAGAAGGUUUGGGAAGUUGUGCCAAACCUGCCCGGCACUCAGCUGUUCAGCUCGGGUACAGGUUCCUGACUCUUUGGAGUUUCCAAGAAGCACCCAGAAGACCUAUGGGAAGGAAGAAGGUUGUCAGAUAACGAUUGUCUUCCUAAUAUGCAAGUUCUCACUUCCUGCUUCCAGCGUUGGCCGCCUUGGCCUGGGUUUCUGUUCCUGGAUAAGGGGAAGUUGCAUGCUGUCUCCUGGACUUCGUCCUAGGUAGCUCUGGCUUCCUUGCAUCCCACAGAACCCCAAGAUUUGCUGAGAUGCCAACAAAAGCUCAUCUGGGUUUUGGCAGUCUGGGCAGCUUGCCCAUUUCUAGGUUUGUGGUGAUGGAGGAGAGGUUAAGAGGUACAGGCCAAGUCCCCCGUGGCUGCGGGCAGCUCCGGCCAGGUCCCGAGGAUCCUCCUCACCACAGUCAUGUGCCUUAGUAACUAUGCCCAGGAAGUGGCCCGCUGUGCCGCUGCUUCUUCUUCUCCUACUCUGCUCUCUUCUCCACGCUCUUCCACAUAGCAUUGCUGACAAGCCACUCUUUAUCUGUCCUGCAGGCCUGAGAAAUGAUUCCCAGCACCCCUGGCUUUACCAGCUAUCGUGGGUCAGUGGGUACCCAGAAGCCUGAGAAGUAGGCCUCGGGAGUGGGAAAGUGCUGGCAUUGAAGGGGUGGGUGCUCCAGUCAUUGUGCUGGGCCUCCUAUGGCACUGAAUACCUGGGUAGCUGAGCCCCACCAGGUUUCUGCCAUCUUCAGAAGACAUAUGUGGCGUUAGACGCUCGCUCGCUUCCUCUUUCUAUCUCUCCUCUCUCCUUCCUCUCUCCUUCCUCUCUCUCUCUCUCUCCCUCCCUCCCUCCCUCCCUCCCUCACCCUUCCUUCCCUCACCCUUCCUUCCCUUUCCUUCCUUCCUUCCUUCCUUCCUUCCUUCCUUCCUUCCUUCCUUCCUUCCUUCCUUCCUUCCUUCCUUCCUUCCUUUCUUUUCCUCAAGCCUCAAGGCUGGGAAACGUCAGAGCCAAUCCUGGACUGCACCUAUGAUGUUUCUCCCUGAGCCUCUCUGGGGUGGUAAAGAUAAUAAAAAGCCCAGUGUAUUUAUAGUCCUGACCUAACGGGUUAGUUCCAGGCAUCAGUGGCCUCAGAUAGGGGAAUGCCGUCCCCUAGCCCACCACUGCCCACUGCCUCCACUUACAAUGCACUUUAGUCCCUGGCAUGCCUGCCUUCCUGCCACCCUCAUCUCCUUUCCUCUCAGGGUAAGGGCAGUGCCUGCUGUCCCUGCUGGCCACUCUCACACCCCCACCCAGAAGGCCAGUCUAUUGUGCCCAGUGUCCAGUGUGGUUGGCUAGGCCUGGACUGGAGAAGGUGCUAGAACUAGAAAAUUGAAACCCAAUGGAGACAGUGCACACCUCUUAGCAGUUGCUGUCAGCAGCCACUGUGGCUCUCCUUCACCCUCCGUGGGGCCCACCCUCCUCAAGAGAAACGUGGGGCAGAGGGGUGGGAGUCCUCCGAGUGAGCCUUCCUUUUCUGCUUGCUGCUCUUCUAGAAAUCUGAAUUCUGCUCUAGGAGUUUUUAAAAGAAAAAAUGGAAGAUCCUUCCCUUUUCUGUAUCUUUACUCUGGGUUUUUGCCUCUUAACAGAUUGCACUUUUUUGUUUUGGAUUUGUUUAGCUACAUGGUAACUGGCUCGGCCCUUGGGUAAAAGAACCUCCCGGUGCCUCCUUCCCUCUCCCCAUCCAUUAACCUGCUCUCUGGGGAUCACAAGCCAGGCCCAUCUAACUGGAGGAUGAGGCCGUGUUCCCACCCUCCUGUCACUGGUUUCGAGAAAGUCUGUUCUUGGAGUUUCCCAUCUACUGCUGCUGGCAUCUGCGACUCUUCCUGUGUUGUUCUCUUUCUCCUAAAGCAAUUUCCGAACCGUCAGCCAUGUGCUGUGGUUUGGGGGGCAUCUGGACUUUGUACCUUACAGAGGGACUGGGGGACUGAAUUGCCUUGAGGUGGAGCCUGGCUAGAAACAGGGUCAGUGGCAGGUGCCAGGCUGUUGGGCAGGAAGGAACUUGGAGCAAGUGGGAAGAAGCUAGGCAGCCUGCUUUGCUGGGCUCACCUCCAGGGACAUCCUGCAGACUUGUCCAAAAGCAGUCGGCACCAAAGGACUUCUACAGAGGUGGUUUUUUUUUAAUUUUGUUUUUUGGUUUGGGAGAUGUUUUUGCUUUUUCACACUUGUGCUGACUCAAUGCAGGUUUUAUAUCCUGGUGACUUGCUGUCACAGUCUGUCAAUUUCCAAGGGCCAGAAUGGUGAAAUAAAUAAAUAAAUAGAAAAUUCCGUCCCUCCAUGCCUUAGUUUAACAGGUAGGCUCUGUCUGCCCAGGUCUAUAUUUUGUGUGACAUUUCCAUAUUCCUGUUUCACUGGGUGAGAACUGUGAAAUGGGCCGAGUCCUGGCCACUUGGUGGGUUUGUUUGCUUUUAUAAGGCAUUUCAGUGUACAUUUGACAAGCACUCCAUUUGCAAAGAGAACUUAAAGUAACACCGUCUUCCCUGUUCGUCUUUGCCCUCCUCCCUCUACCCCCAGCUUUACAGUCUGUAGAGAAGCCAGGCUACAAGACAAAGGUAUACUUUUCCUGCUUUGUAAAGUGGCCGAAUGGGGACAGGUGGCAGUUGGCCUUUUCCCUCCCAAUCCCAUCAGAGCUCUUGAAACACUUGGCUUCCUACAUAACAAUGUCUCCUCUGUUCCUGAGGAACAUUCUAGAAUAGAAAAUGGAAUAUGCUGCAAACAUUUCUAGAUCCUUGCUCCCUCCCUCCUCCUUACAGAGCAAAGAGGGGCUAGAAGGGACACAUAGCACGUCUACUGCACAGCUUAGUUCCAAGUAUGUUUGCGCCUGACUGUGGCUGGAGCCUCCUCGUGGGGCCUGCUGGGUCUUCUGCGCCCUAGAGAAUGAUUUUCUUGGCAGAUAUUAGGCUGAGUGACGUGGUUGCUGGUUCCCUGGAAAGCCAAAGUGGCGGGGCCAGUUUUUCUGAGGUGUGACUUAAUUUCCAGUUGAAAAUGUAGUAGAGUUUUGAACAAAGCCCCUCCCCCACCCCACCCCACGCCCCCCAAAAAGCUCACUGGGUGUGGUGCGGGGAUAGAGCACUUAGAUUGCCAAGUAGGGAGAGGAAAUGGCUGUGGGCUGCAUGGCUGUAUGCACACUAGCCUGGCUUCUUAAGGUUGUGCACCACUAUGGGAUCCUUUGCAGAAUGGUACUCAUGUAAUGGUUUAAAACAACACAUGCAUAAUUGAUUGUGCAGGAUGUCAAUCAAUCUGGGUUUGCUUUAUUUUAUUUUAUAUAUAUAUUUUUUGGUAUCCUGUACAUUGCAGUGGGUAUGAAGAUAGUAUUUUAAUAUUUGUACAAAGUUUAAUUUAAUUUUAAUUGUUCUAUGUAUAUAACUGCAUUUCUAAAUAAUAAUAAAAAUUCUUAUGAAGGCA